AUGACUACGCAACCAAUUGUGGAAAAUCGAACUUUAACUUUAUCGAACAUCUCCAAUGAAAUUUAUGAAAUUAUACCGACUAUUCGACCGGAUUGGAAUGCUUCGAAUACGCGUCUAGUUACAUUUACUGAAGGUAUCACCAAUUCGAUUUUAGGUCUUUUCAACACUCGCACACCGGAUGACGAAUCUGAUGCAUUAGUCAUCAAAUUAUUCGGGGAACACACCGAAUUAUUCAUUGAUCGCAAUGCAGAAAUUCAUGCAAUGAUGAAAUUAUCGGAGAAUAAUGUUUUAUCUCAACGUGUUCUAAUCCAAUUUAAGAAUGGACUUAUCUAUGAAUUUGCAGCCGGGAAAGCGUGUUCGAAGCAAGAGGUACGAGAUGAACAUAUUUCCAAAUUAAUCGCCGCUAAACUCGCACAGUUUCACAAUGUGCCUUUGAAAGAAACGAAUGAAAAACCGUAUGUCAUCACGCUGAUACACAAAUUUAUUCAAUUGAUUGACGAACACCAAAUUACCGAUAUCUCUCAGAUCAAAUCAGACGUGAAAAUAAUCGAAAAAGUGAUUCUUCCUGAUUUAGUGUCGAACCCUCAACUAGGUCAAGAUCUUGUUUUUUGUCAUAAUGAUUUAUUAAUUAAAAAUAUCGUUUAUGACAAGAAAACCGAUACAGUAUCAUUCAUCGAUUUUGAAUACACACAUAUGAAUUACGCAUUGUUUGAUAUUGCGAAUCAUUUUGUGGAAUAUGCGGGUGUUGAUGAUGCGGAUUUUAAUUUAUAUCCGACACGUGAUGAACAGAAACGGUGGUUAAAAACUUAUUUUCAGACACGUGGAAUACCGGAACAAACUAUUGAUGAUAAAUUAUGUCAUCUAGUCGAUCAAUUCUCUGCACUUGCGCAUCUUAUGUGGGGACUUUGGUCUUUAGUUCAAUCGCGGGUUUCAUUAUUAGAUUUUGAUUAUACUGGUUACGGGAAAUUGAGACUAGGUUGUUAUCAAAGCCUAAGAAAAAUUCUUUUUGAAAAUAUUUCUGUGAAAAAAGAAAUGUCAUCGACGAAUAUCAAUAUAAUUGACGACAAUGAAAUUUUAUCUGAAAAACUCGGUUUUCAACUUGAGGAAAUUGUUUUACAAUUGAUGAAUAAGAAACAAUUGAUCACAAUCGGUUUAUCCGGUGGAUCAUUGAUUGAUUUAUUAGCAUCAAAUCUUCCUCGGUUACAAUUACCAUGGGCUCGUCUUCGAUUCUUUUUCGUUGACGAACGAUUCGUUCCAUUUACAUCUGACGAUUCAACGUAUGCAAGUUAUCAAGCAAAGCUAUUUCGCAAAUUACCAUUAACCGAAAAAAAUGUUAUUAAAAUCGAUCCGGAUGCCACGUCUGUCGAGCAAUGUGCACAAGAUUAUGAAAAUAAACUAUUAGAAACAUUGACCGAAGAUGACAAAUCAUUCGAUAUUCUAUUACUUGGUAUGGGACCUGAUGGACACACGGCAAGUCUUUUUCCUGAUCAUCCAGGCUUGAAAGUCGACCAAGGCAUAGUCACAUCGAUUAAGGAUUCGCCAAAACCGCCACCGGAACGUGUGACAUUAACAUUGACUACAAUCAAUCAAGCGAAAUACAAAAUUGUUGUCGCGACGGGUGAAAGUAAAUCAACAAUUGUGAGAGAAGUUUUACAAGAUAAAAGCACGAAAUAUCCAAUUGGUCAAGUCAAAGAUCUCAUUUGGUAUUUGGAUAAAGCCGCUGGAUCAAAAUUAUAA